AUGAAGAGUGUCAACGCGGUCGCAUACAUCACCCUCGCUGCCUCCACAGCAGGCGCACUCCACCUCCCCGUCCCUCCCAGGCCCGUCUGCGCCCUCCCUUGCCCGUCCGACGCCAUCUGCAUCUCAGACCCCAAGCCCCGUUGCGUCGUACCCAACGGAUUCUGUGGUGGCAUUGCCGCUUUCACCUGCGAGGCUAAGAAUGAGUACUGCGUCGACGACCCCAGGGACGACUGCGACCCAGGAUACGGCGGAUAUGACUGUGGUGGCAUCUGUGUUAAGAAGACAAAGGAUACCUGCACUUGA